AAUGUCAUGUUAUCAAUUUAAUGAAAGUCAUAAAGUGCGAAUGAUUACGAGGACUAUCGUUAUUUACAAAUUUGGGGUUUAACUACAAUUUCAAAAUGCUUGCAAUUAUACUUAUUCUCAAUCUUUUCGUCGUAUUUGUUAAUUCAAACAACGAAAAACGUUUAGUUCUUCACAGUGAAUUUGAUAUAGCGCAGGAAUUUGCCAAUGUAAAUAAUAAGAUUGUUAAUUUAACGACAGUAAUUGCGGAAAAGGAGAAAGAAAUUAUAAGCGUGAAUGCAAAGCUCAAUGAAUUGACUGCUGCAAAGGAUAAAGAAAUUGAAGCGUUGAAGAAAGCUUUUGAAGAGAAUAAAGGCUGUGGUUCAACAUAUGUACGAUGGGGACGAACAACAUGUGCUACUAACGGUACUGAACUCGUUUAUUCAGGCUUCAUGGCUAGCUCGAGUCACGGUACCACUGGGGGUGGAUCUAAUUACCUGUGUAUAUCACCUGAUCCACAAUGGAGCUACUACGACGAGUCGAUAGAAAGUCUUGCCAAAUUAAAAGGAGUUGAGUAUCAGUUCUAUGCCCAUUAUGCAGAUGGCGCUGCUAAAUUCUUCGGUCAUAAUGUAUUAGAUGAUGACGCCACCUGUGCGGUUUGUCACUGUCGCCGGGGUUCAAGUUUGAUGAUACCUGGCAGGACAGACUGUUACAAUGGAUGGACCAAAGAAUACAGCGGAUAUCUUGUCAGUGAGUACGAUAAUUAUGCCCAUGAAUCAGAGUUUAUUUGUUUGGAUGACAGACCGGAGUCGGUUGUUGGAGGGCACGAUAAUGAUGAUGAGAGUGUUUUGUACUUUGUUGAAGCCUCAUGUGGCAAAAGCUUGGAAUGUCCACCAUAUAUCAAUGGCAGAGAAAUAACUUGUGUAGUAUGUACAAAAUAAAAUUUGAAAAAUGAAAGUUUGUUACUACAUGUAUUUUGUGACCUACACAGGGUUUUAUGCAAAAAUAAUUUACUGCGGCUUGGGCACAGCAAACAUAUUACUUAAAUUGAUGAACUUGAUAAUGCGAUUUUCGGCUUAACGUCCCGGCAGAUACAAUUAUACCAGCGGCCACACGGACACAUACACAAAACACUUAUCCUAAACUAUGUCGUCAGUAAUAGUAGGCGUAGUUCUGUUUGUCCUGACUAGCCAGAGAUCGAGGUCAUUAAUUAUGAAACUACAGAUAAACCGAUGACAUUUUGUACUGGUUUUACUGCCUAGUCGGGUCAGUUGGAACAUGAUUGCAGCUAGCCAGAGCAGUCGGAACAGCCAGAUUUGGCAAGAAUGUCUUCGCAUGUCUGGCUUACUUCACAAACAUUUACACGUUCUAACGUUCUAAUAAAAAAGUGAAAAAUACAAAAUAACAGAAUCAUCAUCGUGACCCAGUUCAAAUUUCUUACAGCUAAUUAUAUUUAUUGUAAGAUAUCGCUGUUAAUGUACGAUAAUUAUACGUUCUGUAUAAACGGUAUUAAAUAAAUGAUAUAAGAA